AUGGAGACGCCGCCGUGGGAGCAGGAGCAGGAGCAGCACGCCGCGGUCGACUUCAGCCUCGAGGUCGCGCUGCCGCCGCGGGUCACUGUCCUCUUCGCGGGCCGCCGAGUCCACCCCGACCCCCAAAACCGGGACGCGUACCCCUACGUCAUCGCCGCCAGCCCCCGCUGUCUCCUCGCCCACUUCUCCGCCUACCCCUUCCACGGCGCCCAAUUCUGCAACAGCCCCUUGUUCAGCCACCUCGUCGUGGUGCGCGACCUCCACGCGGCGCCGGAGGGCCGGGUCGCGGCCUCCGUGGUGCACAUCCAAGACAGGCCCGGCCGCGCCCCCGUCCUCUGGAACAUCCAGAACGUCGCCCUCGCCGCCGACGCCGCAGGCAACUACAGGAUCGUCGAGCUCCAGGCUGACAGGGGCAGCGACCGCGCCACGCUCGUCUACCUCCAAUCGGACCGCCCCGCCGACGGGUGGUGCGGGAAGUACGUGGCGUACCCCCUGGCGGCGCACCACCGGGAGUGGAUUCCCCACGGCGCGGUCCACGUCGACGGCAGGCUCUGGUGGUUCGACCUCACGUGGGGGAUCCUCAGCUACGACGACGCCUCGUUCACGGAGCCGGGCUUGGGCUUCCACGCCCUCCCGGAGGGCCGCGGCCUCGACCAGCGACCGCCGCACAUCCACACCAAGCGCUGCGUCGCGGCGAGCGGCAACAGGCUGCGGUACGUGGAGAUCAUCGUCGACGAGGGCGCAGCAGCGAGGGUGUCCAUGUGGUCGCGGAGCCGCACUCCGGAUGGGGCUGGGUGGCAGUGGGACGUGGAGUACGCGGUGAACUUGGAGGAGAUCUGGGACGACGCCAGCUACACGGAGACCGGGCUGCCGCGCGACGUCCCCUUGCUCGGGGUCGUGUCCCCGUCGGACCCCAGGUUGGUCUACUUCGCCCUGGGGCAGCACAUGUUCGGCGUCAAUGUGCCCGCGCGCAGGGUCGUGCACCACGGGGCCAUUGAGCCCCUGACCGCGACAUCGCCAGCGCCGGUGGUCUCCGGCUUCCUCGUCCCUUGGGUUCUUCCACCAGAGGUUGCUGCCCAAGGUCGUGAAGUUGCUCAAACUUUUGUCAUACAGAAAUUACUUGCUAUCAAAGGAUUUGUUCUUGAACAGAUAUUUCUACAAGAUUUGUUGGUUCUGUACAAGACUUUCUUUGAGAUGUAG